CAUCGACAGCACUUAAAAGAACACUUGGGAAAAACAAUAAAAAUAUUUUGCAAAAAUCAUGGCGAGCACUGGAAACGUUGUUUGAAAGUCAAUCGUUUGGACCGGGUGCCUAGGAGCCACAACAGCCAGCCCAUGAUGACGACCGACUUCGGGGGCAGCCAGUUCGUGUCCAGCAAUCCAAAUGCCAGCUGCAGUGCUUCCCGCUGGCUGACGGAGGAGGUCUUCAAGCUGAUUGACAUUGUCCAACGCGACGAGGCCAUCUACAAUCCGCGCCACAAGUACUACUUUUGUCGCCCGUACGUGGAGAACUUUUGGCGCGAGGUGGACCUUAAGCUGGAAAAGAAUCCAGGCGCCAGUCUGGCCAAGUGGACUAAUCUGCGCAUCUCUUUUCGGCGCGAGUACACCAACUAUCUGGAGGAGAAGGUGCCGCCCUGCUGGUCCUACUUCGACCGUAUGUUCUUCCUGCAUCCUUAUCUGCGCAAGAAGCACCAGCAGUCCAAGUCCCUGGACACCCAGGUGCAGGACGCCCUAGCACACCUCUCCAGCUUGUCCAAUCGCAUGCAGAGGGAGCGAUCGGUGGCCAUCCCGGCCAGCAGCAGCAGCGGUGGUGUCCAGCCCACUCCCUCCGCCCACCAGUCACCGCCGGCUCAGCAGCUGGACAACUAUCUGGACUACUUUGACGAGGCGGAGCAUAACAACUCCGAGCUGGAGGACAUCAUAGAAGAGGAACAACAGCGGAACAGCCGCUAUCACAGCCAGUUGGAUAGCAAUGACAUAAAGUCGGAGUGCGAGGAGCCGGUUGAUGAAUAUGAACAGGAGGCGCACGAGCCGGAUGACGAUGAGCCGGAGGAACAGGACCCACAUAAGAUGGCGCCCACUUCUAGUUCCUCGUCGGCGGAGGCUCAGCGUCGUUAUGCCAACCAGCAGCCGCACGCCAGUCGAGUGCACUUGGGUCGCUUGCAGAUGCGCGCGUACCACGACGAGAUGCGGGGAGCGAUUCGACCGCGCUCCCAGGAGCUCCAGUCUUCAACGGCAGCUGUGCCCAGCGUGAACUUCCCUUCGCAGCCGGCUGCCCACCCAAACAUUUCCUUUGUGCGUCCCACAUUUAGCAAGCCAGCGGAUCUGGUCAGCACCACAACUCACGCCGGCGGAGGAGGAGUUCCGGGAAAUGCCGGGCUAUCGGAAGUGGAGCUGCCCACACCUUCAACAGCAGCAGUGGCCACUCCGAAUGCACCCAGCAGUAGCAAUAGCUACCUGAGUCAACGUCACGGGCACAACCAUGUGCAUGGAGGACAUCAACAGGUGCCGCCGUCUUCGUCGCUUCCUUCCCGCAUGGAAGCCAAUAACCCGCUAAGCGGAUCGGUGUCCAACGGCGGUGUGGAGCUGUGCGACUGCAAGUCCGAUCCGGAUGCCAUGUUUCUGAUGAGCUUGCUGCCCGAUAUACAAAAGCUCAAUGGGCGCGAUCGCGGCAAGAUCAAGAUAGCCUUCCAGAACAUACUGCAGGACUACCUUUAUCCGGACUAGAUUUGAUCUCUGUGUAUACUUUCCGCUUUUAGCAACGGAACCCAGUUCCACUCUCGAUCUUGUUUAUUUCCUCUGUUAAUUUUCGUUGGUUAAAUCCCUUAAAGCUUUGCUGUGCAAGAACAAAGUAUCCUUAAAACGUUUUGAAAACUAUCAGAUAUGUUUAUUAAUUGUAUAAAUAUUUAUAAAUAUUUAAUGUGUAACACAAGAAUAAAU